GAGGUGACACAAAAAUUACAAAAUUAAAAUUCCUCCAUUUUUUUCCUACAACACACUCUCUCUUCAACAAAAUUCUCUUCCUUUUCUCUUUAUACAUUCCUUCACUUCUUCACAUUCAAAUUCACUUUCUUUCACUCUAUCAAUCAAUUCACUCACCUAACCUUUCUCUUCACAACACUCUUUUCUCUUUCAUUUUCUUCAUUCCAACUCUCUCAAUUCCUUUCUUAGUUUCCUUCAAUUUCUUCACAUUCACUUUCAUCUUCUUCUAAAUAUCAAAUUAUUGUUUACUAUCUAAGAAUUUCCAAGAAAAAUUUAGUGUUUCUGUGUACCCUUUUUGAUCCUCUGUUUUUCCUUUGUGUUAUUAGAAGCUGAAACAACUUGACCCAGUUUUGAUUUUUGAAAGUUUUGUUUGUUUUUCAUUUUAAAAACGAAAAAAGUUAAGAUUUUUGAAGUUGGGUCGUGUUAAUUUUUUGUUUUUCUUUUACUUUCUUUAAUCAUAAAAUUUUUUCCUUCGUUUUCUCGGGAAAAUACGUUUUAGAAAAGUUAAUUUUUUUAACAGGUUUGUAAAAUGCUACAAUUUGGUGGUGUUCGUGGUGAGGAUCAGUUUUACAUUCCAGUGAAAGCAAGAAAGAAUCAGAAUCAAAAUCAGCGUAAGAAAACUCAGAGAGAUAAGAGUGAAGAUUCUGUUUCAAAGAAUCAACUUGUUGAUUCUGAGAAUAAGAAUUUCAAUGAAGAUUCUGCCAGUAACAUUGAUAGGUUUUUGGAGUCAACAACACCUUUAGUUCAAGCUCAGUAUUUCUCUAAGACAACAAUGAGAGGUUGGAAGACUUGUGAUGUAGAGUAUCAAUCUUACUUCGCCUUGAAUGAUCUCUGGGAAUCUUUCAAGGAAUGGAGUGCAUAUGGAGCAGGAGUUCCCUUGCUACUUGAUCAAAGAGAAUCCGUUGUACAAUAUUAUGUUCCUUAUUUGUCGGCUAUUCAACUAUACGGUCAAUCAGCAAAGAAGUCGUCAAUUGCUAAGGAAAGAUAUGUUGGUGAAGAUAGUGACGUAGAUUACUACCGAGAUUCAAGUAGUGAUGGAAGCAGUGAUGGUGAAUUCGGAAAAAGGACUGGACAUUCUAUAGCACAAAGAAAUAAUCAAUAUCGAACAGGUGAUGCUUCUUUACAAAUGAACAGGCUAUCUGUACAAGAGGGAUUUUCUAGUGAUGAAAGUGAAACUGGGAAUCCUCGAGAUCUUCUUUUCGAGUAUUUUGAUCAAGAUCCUCCUUAUAGCCGUGAACCAUUGGCUGACAAGAUACUAGAUCUUGCGCGCCACUAUCCUAGCCUCAAGUCGUUGAGAAGUUGUGAUUUAUUGCCAUCCAGUUGGUUGUCUGUGGCAUGGUAUCCUAUAUAUCGAAUACCGACUGGUCAAACAUUGAAAGAUUUAGAUGCUUGCUUUCUUACUUACCAUACACUCCAUACACCCUUGACAGGAAAUGGGGGUACUCAAGCUCCAACAAUGCUUUAUCCCAAUGACAUGGAUGGUGUACCGAAGAUGUCUUUACCAACUUUUGCAAUGGCAUCUUAUAAGUUAAAGGGAUCUAUAUGGAUGAAAAAUGGAGUUAGUGAUAAUCAGUUAGCGAAUUCUCUCUUACAGGCUGCAGAUAACUGGUUAAGGUUGGUUCAAGUGAAUCACCCCGAUUAUCAGUUCUUUGUAUCACACGGUACGUACCACAGGUGAACCGAAUGAAACAACUUAUCAUUUCAUUCUAAUGGCUAAAUCUUGAAGUUAAUAGCCUUAAACUUAUGCAUUCAUUGUACGGUGCAAACUUGGUAUAAUCCAUCGAUCUAUAGAGUUAUCUCAUCUGAAGAAUGAAAUAUAGAUUUUUUGUAUGUGGAUGAAAAUGUGUCGCGAAAAUGGAAUGGAAGGUCUCGAUGGAAAAGGGAGAAAGAUUUUUAGACUGUAAUAUUUACUCGUAGUUAUGUUGUGAUUUAGAAAGAAUGUGUGAUAUAUGUAAAUUUUUCUGUAGAAUAAGGUACAAGUUUGGUUCUAUAUAUUAUAUAUGUGAUACACACUUGUUCA